GCCGUUGACGACCACUGGCCCCUGAAGCCGAUGCGAGGUACUGCCUGCUCUGUCAUUAGGCGAAGCCCACUGUCUAGGUUUGGUUACUUCUCUCUAUGCAACAGCCGUGAACAGGACCUGCCCGUCACAUUUCCUUCUACUUUGUUCUACUCACUGCUAAAUCAAGGCACUAAUAAUUCAGCAAAAGCCUCCAAGGCAACAAAAGUGAGAGAAUUGCAGAUCUUUUUUUAGACGUGUCUACUAUCUAGCCUACUAACACAUCCUCAAGAUGUCUGGAGAGGACGCCCCAGCCCAGCAGCAAGACGCUGUGGAACAGAAACAAGAGAAGCCUAGCGAAGAGCCGAAGACGGAAUCCAAGACCGAGUCGACACCUGCCCCGGCUGCUGCUGCUGCCGAGGCAUCUCCGGCGGCGACCGAAAAGGCACCAGAGGAGGAGGCGUUCACCUACCGCGCGCUGGUGCUCACCGGCUAUGGUGGCUAUGACAAAGUGAAGCUCCAGGUCAAGAAGGGUAAGCCGGUCCUCAAGGCAGGAGAAGUCCAGGUGCAGGUCAAGGCAUGCGGGCUGAAUUUCGCCGACCUGCUGGGCCGGCAGGGUCUGUACGACCGGCUGCCAUCCCCGCCGGUCACCCCGGGGAUGGAGUGCUCCGGAGUGAUCGAGGCGGUCGGAGAUGAAGUGACAGACCGAAAAGUCGGCGACAAGGUGAUGGUGAUGAGUCGCUCGGGCCUUUGGCAGGAAGUGGUGGUGGUGCCCGCAGUCCAAACCUUCCCCAUCCCUGAGGGCAUGAGCUUCGAGGAGGCGGCUGCACUGCCUGUCAACUACGUCACGGCGUACAUGAUGCUGUUCGACUUCGGCAACCUGCGGCCUAACCAGAGCGUUCUGGUCCACUCCGCAGCAGGUGGUGUGGGCAUUGCCGCCACCCAACUGUGCCAGACAGUGAAGGAUGUGACUGUGUUCGGCACAGCAUCAGCCAGCAAGCACGAGACCAUCAGCCAGGGUGGGGUCACGCACCCCAUCGAUUACCGCACAAAGGACUACGUGGAGGAGGUCCGCAAGAUCAGCCCCAAAGGACUUGAUAUUAUUCUGGACCCUCUCGGAGGAUCAGACACCCACAAGGCCUACAACCUGCUGAAGCCCAUGGGCAAGCUCAUCGCCUAUGGUGCAGCCAACAUGCUGGCUGGUCAGAAGAAGAACCUGCUGGCAGUUGCUAAGAACUGGUACCACCAGUUCUCCAUCCACACGCUCAGCCUGAUCCAGGGCAACAAGUCUGUGUGUGGCUUCCACCUGGGCUACCUCGACGGGGAGACAGAGCUAAUCAGCCAGGUGAUGGACAUCGUACUGGAGCUCUACAAGCAGGGCAAGAUCAAGCCCCGCAUCGACUCCACCUGGCACCUGGAGCAGGUGGGCGAUGCCAUGAGGAAGAUGCAGGAGAGGAACAACAUCGGCAAGGUCAUCCUCAUCACAGAGCCCAUGCCUGAGGAAGAGAAGAAGGAGGAGCCGAAGAAGGAGGACAAGAAGGAGGAGAAGAAGAAGGACGAUAAGAAGAAGGACGACAAGAAGAAGGAUGAAAAGAAGAAAGAUGAGGCCAAGAAGGAGGAGGAGCCCAAGAAGGAGGAGCCUAAGAAGGAGGAGGAGCCUAAGAAGGAGGAACCCAAGAAGGACGAGAAGUGAGCAGGGAGGAGUAGGGGUAGUCGAGCAGAGCAGCGGGGGAGCUGGCGUCCUGGG